AUGGUCCCAAAACCAAACAAUGACGUGUCUAUUGCCGAUCUUAUUGGAGAUUUAGAUGACUCUUCGCUCAAAAUCUUCUCCAUGUAUAGACACAAGAGCUACUUGCCCCACAAAGAGAGAGUAUCCAACAUCGCAUGGCGCAUCCACAACAAGAAGCUUUUUGGCCCUAAGGGACGUGUCUCCAAGCUGGUUGGAAAACCCCUUUCCGAGACUAAAAGUACUUCGCAGCCAAUAAAAUCCGACUCCAAUGUCGACGAUUUUGACUACGUUGCCCAUAUACGUCGCAUCUCUAGAGAAGAGUACGGCCAGGAUCCUGUUUCUCUCUCUGUGUCUUCUUUGCAUCUGCUGCGUCCUCUGAUUCUGUUUAGAAAGUCCUCUGAAAAGUCGUCUGACAUCCAUCGACUCCGAUCCAAUCCCACAAACGCUACUUCCAUGGCUACCUCUUUUCUGACACCUUCCAACUUCAAUGUGUCUCACCGAGGCUCUGCUCCAAUGACAACGUCUUCAAGCCCAGUAUCUGCUGCUCGAUCCCAAAAUCGGACGUCGUCGUCCUCCUCGUCAGUUCCAACGAAUGCUGGCAAUUCUUUCCUCUCCUCAUACAUCAAUCUGUUAGAGUCUACACUCAAACAGGAUUACCAGAUGUCACAUUCGUCGUCAUCGAGUCAUUCAGGUAAUGCGUCAACGUCGGCGGCUCUGGUCCAUGUAAAACUGGAUGUGUCUUCAAAGCAAACUCUACUGUGCACGAACUGCCACACAGUCACAACUCCACUCUGGAGGAAAACUAACGAGGGAAAUGUCUUGUGCAACGCAUGUGGUCUUUUCUACAAGCUCCAUGGAAUCUUGCGCCCACUAAAUGCGCUUUCGACAAUGAGUCAAAAACGGCCUACCCCUCGCUCUCGUGCACCGAAUUCUACUUCGCUGGUUUUCCAAAGCCCCCAAAGCAUAAUUAGUAACAGCCAAACAGCAGGUACGAAAAGGAGCCUUGACAAUGUCAUUUCGAAUAAUAAUGUCGAGUUGUUUUCCAAAAUCAACGACACCCCUGCUCCUCACGGUGAAAGCCACGAUUCGCAUCCUUAUUCUACUAGCGUGCCAACUCCUGGCUCGGGAAAAAAUGGGUUUUAUUCGAUGGGAACCUUCAAUGAAUACCUGCUGGAAUCACCUCUUCAGGUUACGAAUACGGCGUCCUUUGGUGUGGAUAACCGUACGUCAACUGCCCAGGAUGCGGACGAUAUUGACAAACUCUUAAACAAGAACAUAUUUCAACUGGAGUCCUUCGUCAUUGGUAGCGAAGACCCUCAUAUGGGCCACGACUUUGGUGACUCUGUAUUCAAUUUCAAUGGUUUAGAAGCCACAGAUGAAAUUUUGAUUGACGAACCAGGUCAUAAUAAUAGGAAUAAUUGGAACUGGUUGGAUUUUGGACCUGCAACUGCGGGAGGACAUUAG